GCUUAUAUUUCAAAGAUGGUUGUCGUCCACAAUAUCUCACUUAUACGGCACCAAAUCAUGCAUCAAUAGCGACAGGCCUUUUGGUUGAAAGUCAUGGAAUUGUUGGCAAUUAUUUCCACGAUUUGACCACUAAUACGACGUUCGAUUUAUUCAAUUCAUCGCAAAAAAAAGGAGCAGUAAAUGAAUCCUUAAUGGGACAUUUUUAUAAUGGUGAGCCAAUAUGGCUUACCAAUGAACGAGGUGGCUAUGGAAGACGUUCAGCUACUAUGUAUUGGCCUACAGGAAGUGGACAUUGGCCAUCUGUACCGCAUAAGCCUACAUUACACAAGCCAUGGUUGGCAUAUAAGAAUUUAUCGCAGUGGAUGAAUGAUUUUGAUGAAAUUGUGGAAUUAUUUGCACGUAAAAAAGAUCCUUACAAUUUUAUUGCUUGGUAA